GCGGUGGAGAGUGGAUGCUGAUGGGGGACGAAAAGGAGACCUGGAAAGUAAAAACUCUUGACGAAAUCCUACUAGAGAAAAAGCGUAGAAGAGAAUUAGAAGAAAAAACAGAUCUUAAGCGUCAAAAAAAUUUUACACAAGGCCUUGUUCCACAGGCGGAUGAUCGGGAAGCCAAACGAGACACUCCGGAGGAAGGAGAACUACGGGAUCAAAGGAUGGAAAUAACAAUUCGUAAUUCCCCGUACGCACGGGAAGAUUCAACAGAGGACAGAGGAGAGGAAGAUGAAUCACUAGCAAUCAAGCCUCCACAGCAAAUUGCAAGGAAGGACAAAUCUCACCACAGAAAGGAAGAGAAGAGAAAAGAUAAAAGACGUCAUCGCAGUCACUCUGCUGAAGGAGCAGGGAAACAUGUACGACCCAAAGAGAAAGAAAAAGAGCGAGAGAGCGAACGCAGGAAGCGUCAGUGGGAAGAAGACAAAGCACGGCGAGACUGGGAGAGGCAGAAACGAAGGGAACAAGCCAGAGCUCAUUCACGCAGAGAAAGAUUGACCUUUCGGUUAUCUGAACAGACCUCGAGUGGACUUUCCUGGGUUUUUUUGGACCACAGGGACCGGCUGGAGCAGCUGGAGCGCCAGCGCGAACGGGACAGAAAGCUGCGCGAACAGCAGAAAGAACAACGCGAACUCAAAGAUCGGGAAAGAAGGGCUGAAGAGCGACGCAAAGAAAGAGGGGCACGACGAGAAGUUCCAUCUCAUCACCGGAUGCUACCUGACGAGUAUGAUGACAAGCCAAAACAAAGUCACCGCAGUCGUAGUCCCAGCCGUGUUCCCCGGGACAGGUCUGAGCACAGUGAACCACGGAAAAAUGCAACAUCGAAGGAGGAAAAGCCAGAGAGCAAAGACUUGCUCGCCGACCUCCAGGACAUAAGUGACAGUGAAAGGAAGACCAGCACAGCAGAAUCCUCCAUGGCAUCAGGAUCUGGCUCAGAGGAAGAGGAGGAUGAGGAUGAUGAUGAAGAGGAGUCCAGUAGCCAGAGUGAGGGGGAAGAAGAAGAAGAGGAGGAGGAGUCGGUUUCAGGCUCAGGAAGGUCUGAGCAGAGUGCAGAGGAUGUGAGUGAUGAUGAGCAGUCAGAGGAAGACUUUGAAGAGGAGAGGGAAAAUGGAAAUCAUAUACCUGCAGUGCCAGAGUCCCGUUUUGACCACGACUCUGAGGAGAGUGGUGAGGACAUGGAGGAGGAGGAGGAGGAAGAGGAGGAGGAGGAGGAUGAAGAAACUGGAGAGGGUGACCCCACCCCUCAAUCUCAAACUCAUUCUCGUUCCCCCACUCCUGAAGAGAACUACAUCCCAGACUCGCCUCCAAUUUCACCUGUGGAGCUGAAGAAAGAGCUGCCCAAAUAUCUGCCUGCUUUACAGGGUUGCCGAAGUGUUGAAGAAUUUCAGUGUCUCAACCGAAUAGAGGAGGGAACCUAUGGAGUGGUGUACAGAGCCAAGGACAAAAAGACCGAUGAGAUUGUUGCCCUGAAAAGGCUGAAGAUGGAGAAGGAGAAGGAGGGCUUUCCCAUCACAUCUUUAAGAGAGAUCAAUACUAUUUUGAAAGCUCAACAUCCAAACAUUGUCACAGUUAGGGAAAUCGUUGUUGGAAGCAAUAUGGACAAGAUCUACAUUGUGAUGAACUAUGUCGAACAUGACCUGAAGAGUCUGAUGGAAACAAUGAAGCAGCCCUUCCUGCCAGGAGAAGUAAAGACUCUCAUGAUUCAGCUGCUUCGAGGAGUCCGACAUCUCCACGAUAACUGGAUUCUUCAUCGUGACCUGAAGACAUCCAAUCUGCUGCUGAGCCACAAGGGUAUCCUCAAGAUUGGUGACUUUGGUUUGGCCCGUGAAUACGGUUCUCCCCUGAAGCCCUACACCCCUGUAGUAGUGACCCUGUGGUACAGAUCACCAGAGCUGCUGCUUGGAGCCAAGGAGUACUCGACAGCUGUGGACAUGUGGUCAGUGGGCUGCAUAUUUGGCGAACUUCUUACCCAGAAACCUCUUUUCCCUGGAAAAUCUGAAAUUGACCAAAUUAACAAGAUUUUCAAGGAUCUGGGGUCACCCAGUGAAAAGAUCUGGCCCGGCUACAGUGAGCUACCCGCUGUGAAGAAGAUGACUUUCACAGAGUAUCCCUACAACAAUCUGCGAAAGCGCUUUGGAGCUCUUCUGUCAGACCAAGGCUUUGACCUCAUGAACAAGUUUCUCACCUACUGCCCCAGUAAGAGGAUCUUAUCAGACGAGGCUCUCAAACACGAGUACUUCAGAGAGACGCCGCUCCCCAUCGACCCCUCCAUGUUCCCCACCUGGCCGGCCAAGAGCGAGCAGCAGAGGGUGAAGAGAGGCACCAGUCCUCGUCCACCCGAGGGAGGCCUGGGCUACAGUCACCUGGGAGAUGACGACCUGAAAGACACCGGCUUCCACCUGACAACCAGCAACCAGGGAGCAUCUGCAGUCGGCCCAGGAUUCAGCCUGAAAUUCUGAGCCUCAAACCGUAGGACAUCUGGCUGUCUAACAGAGAAAGAUGGAGCAGAGUUCUGGGACUUGUUUGGAGCCGGACUGUGUCACUGGUUUACAACUAUAGGCCAGAUCAGUAUCUGAUCAGUUACAACUGUUACCAAAUAGUCAGGACUGUCUAACAGCAAGACUAAUGGCUUAAACAUGUUGAAUUUCAGGUAUUUCUCAGCAAUUUCACUAUUUCAAAUGUGACCAUUUUAGCUCCAGAAGAGGACACACAACAAUACAUCUACUAGAAGUUUAGCUUUUUAUUUUACUUUUGUUUGAUUUUCCCUUUCAUAUUUUACCAGAGAGGACCAGAAGAUUUUUUAUAAAUGGUUGGUAUUUCCUGGCUGCCUGAGCUACUGUAUAAUGAUGCAGCAUAAUGUUAGAAACUAACUAGGGAAUGUCAAGUCACUUGAUGACAGGGAGGCAGUGUUUUUCCUAGAAAUAAAGUUUGAAACUUUG